AUGCCACCACCAAAUAAGCCUCGUCGUCGAAAUUCUCUUGUUGGUCAAUGGGAUACAACUACUAAAGUUAUCAACGUUAAGGAAAAAUUUUAUUCCUCUCCUGAUAAAUAUACUGAACAACAAAUAUCAACAUUUACAAAAUGGGUUAAUAUUCAAUUACGUACAAUUCAUGUUGAUGCUGAAACAGCCGAAAAGAUCCCCGAAAUUAAUGCAAUCGACAAAGAUUUUAGAGACGGUAAAAGAUUCAUUCAAUUGCUUCAUGUUCUGUACGAGAAUGAUCCCGACUUGCCAAAGCCUGAACGUGGUAGAACAAGACAUCAUUAUGUGGCUAAUGUUAGCAAAGUUAUACAAUUUCUACAAAAUAAGUUGGACGAUUCAGGUUUAGCUGCUUUACAGGCUAUCGGUCCUGUAGAUAUAGUUGAUGGAAAUGUUAAAUUGACUCUUGGUUUAAUUUGGUUGAUGAUUUCAAAAUUUCACCAAAUGAUCGGUACAUUUGACAUGACAGAAGAACAACUGGCAGAAGCUGAGACCAAUUUAUCUAAAGAAAAUGUCAAAAAUGAAGGUCCUGAUACUUGGUUAGAUAAUCUUGUUGAACAAUCAAUUGGACCUUCAACUAAAACCACAUCAAAUAUCUUAGCAAAUAUUCAGAGUAAUUAUUCAGGAUUUAAUCAACUUGAUUCACCUUUAGAAUCUGAGGAAUAUUAUAAUGAACCGGAAUCCAUUAAUAAUUCGCACGAGCAAGAACCAUCUGACCAUGAUAAGAAAGAAUCAUACGAAUCUCUCCAUGAUAAACAGGAAUCAUAUGAAUCACUCCACGAUAAACAAGUUUCCUCCGAAGAUCAACAGAUUCGAUCAGAUAUUCAAACUGAUCAAAAAGAUUCGUCAAUUGUAUCCCAAUCGUCGCCUACAGUCAUUCAACAAGUUAACGACAAAGGGAAAUCUCCCGCAGAUACACCCAUAAAACGCGUGUUUUCUUCGCGUUUAACACCUGAACAACAAAAAGCAAACGCCGAUAAACGUUUAUCACUUCCCCCGGAUAACUUUUUGAGAGGUUCACUUAAUAAAAAAACUCUUCCUCCACCAAGAAGAUUUAAAACUCUUCGAUUAAGCUCGACUCCUACGAGUUCUUCGUCUGGUUUAUUGUUUUGGAUUAAUAUGCAACUUAUUGAUUAUGCAUCAGUUCUACCUACUACUUCAUACCCUGUUGAAGGUUUUACUGGAUUGAAUGAUGGUGUUUUGCUGGCCACAUUAAUACAUCAUAAAAACAGUGAAUGGAUUGAAGAUUUUGAUGAGUUAAUCAAAGAUGGUGCACCUGAUGAUAACAUCAAAGAUGAUGCACCUGAUUAUAACGAAGAAAUAAUAAAGCAAAGGCUAACAAGAUGUUUUUCAAUAUUAGAAGAUAAGUUAGGAAUACAAAAACCUAAGGAGUUGAUAUCAAUUUUAAUAGAGAGUGACCAUAAGAAUAAAGAUCGUCUCAGACGGACAGAACUAAUGUGGAAUGCAUAUAUAUCUGAUAUAUUCUUGGCAAUGUCCGAAAACAGUAAAAGGAAGAAUACCACGAGAAACUCUAUGAGAAACUCUAUGAGAAACUCUAUGAGAAACUCCAUAAGAAACUCCAUGAGAUUGAAGCAUAUAAGCGAGAAUAAUGAAAAUGGGAGCAAUAAAAAUGAGAAUAAUGAAAAUGAGAAUGAUGAAAAUUGGAAUAAUGAAAAUGAGUAUGAUGAAAAUGAGAAUUACGAAAAUGAGAAUAAUAAAGAUGAGAAUGAUGAAAAUGAUGUGCUUUCAAAAUUUCAAGAAAGGAGCAUUUCGAUCAAUGAACAAUAUGAUAAAGAGAAGGGCAGGAAAAAAUCACGUGGAUGUAUUCCUUCUUUCGGAAGCAGUGGCAAUAUUUCGCCAAUGCCGCCAUGGGCGCCAAAAGCCUCAGUGAUUACGGCGUUGUUCGAGUGGACUAUUGGAUGGCUGUUAAAUGAUCCAGAAUCCGAGGAUGAUAGUGAUUUUGACGAAGAUGAUAGACAACGCGAUCGCGAGAUGAAAACUAUUAAAGUUGGAAAGAGAAGAUCUGAUGGUACUUGGAAUAUUCAAAAGGCAAAUGAAUGGAAAAGAAAAAGCGAAUCGUUAAGUGAUAAUGACGAUAUUCCAAUACAAUUAUUGGCUAAUUCACAAUCUGCUCUUCAUAAUAUCGGUAAUUUCGUAAUCGAUGAAGUAAUUUUGCGCGAGCAUGGUCAAACCGAAUUUGACCAUUAUUCUACUAGACCAGGUGCCAAAGACAUGACCAUAGAUUUAUUCGUUGACGAUAAAAUAGUUGAUAAAAUGAGAUCGUUGUGGGAAGCGAAAUCACAUAGGACAGUAGCCUCCUGUAUUGGAUACUCUAGCUUCGUUGAAGGGUCUAUUGAUUUGGAAAAAAGAAUUGGUAGUAUACCUUUUACAACAGCAAGGUAUUUAUUCAGUACUGGAAUUGAAAAAAAAACUAUUAGAACAAAACCACAUAAUGCAAGUUAUGCUAGAAAUGAUUACCGCAGAUCUGAUUAUUUUGAACAGGAUUGA